AUGUUGGCUCUGUCCAGAAAUUUGGAGCUACUCGUACAGAGGGACAAGGAGUUCCAGGAGCUGAUGGAGGUGGCGCAGCAGCAGGGCAAGGUCCACCAGGAGAUGCAGCUGCUGGAGAAGGAGGUGGAGAAGAGGGACAGCGACAUCCAGCAGCUGCAGAAACAGCUGAAGGAGGCAGAACACAUCCUGGCCACAGCUGUUUACCAGGCUAAAGAGAAGCUGAAAUCCAUCGAGAAGGCCAGAAAAGGAAGCAUAUCUUCCGAGGAAAUCAUCAAGUACGCUCACCGAAUCAGCGCCAGUAACGCCGUGUGCGCGCCGCUCAACUGGGUGCCAGGUGACCCGCGCAGACCGUACCCUACUGACCUGGAGAUGCGCAGCGGGAUGCUGGGACACAUGGCCAACCUGCCGUCCAAUGGGAUGAACGGACAUCUGCCAGGAGACGCUCUGGCUGCAGGACGGCUACCCGACGUUCUGACACCUCACUACCCCUGGCAGCCAUCAGACGUCUCAGUGGGGAUGCUUCCCCCUCACCAUGGAAACGACUUCGGGCUGGCCGCCGGUCACAACAAGGAAAACGAGGACGACGUGGAAGCCAUGUCCACAGACUCGUCCAGCAGCAGCAGCGACUCAGACUGAAACAAAGACACUGUGUUUGUGUGUAUGUGUGUGUGUUUGUGUGUGUAAUGUUAGGCAACACUUGAACAUAUAUUUUCUCUCAAGGUUUUUUAACACCUGACCUAAA